GCGGGGCCCGAGGGGGCGAAGAUCGACGCCAGUAAGAACGAGGAGGAUGAAGGCCAUUCAAACUCCUCCCCACGAAACACUGAAGUAGCGACGGCACAGCGGGAAGAAUGGAAAAUGUUUAUAGGAGGCCUUAGCUGGGACACUACAAAGAAAGAUCUGAAGGACUACUUUUCCAAAUUUGGUGAAGUUGUAGACUGCACUCUGAAGUUAGAUCCUAUCACAGGGCGAUCAAGGGGUUUUGGCUUUGUGCUAUUUAAAGAGUCGGAGAGUGUAGAUAAGGUCAUGGAUCAGAAAGAACAUAAAUUGAAUGGGAAAGUCAUUGAUCCUAAAAGGGCCAAAGCCAUGAAAACAAAAGAGCCCGUCAAAAAAAUUUUUGUUGGUGGCCUUUCUCCAGAUACACCAGAAGAAAAAAUAAGAGAGUAUUUUGGUGGUUUUGGUGAGGUGGAAUCCAUAGAGCUUCCCAUGGACAACAAGACCAAUAAGAGGCGUGGGUUCUGUUUUAUUACCUUUAAGGAAGAGGAACCAGUGAAGAAGAUAAUGGAAAAGAAAUACCACAAUGUUGGUCUUAGUAAAUGUGAAAUAAAAGUAGCCAUGUCGAAGGAACAGUAUCAGCAACAGCAGCAGUGGGGAUCUAGAGGAGGGUUUGCAGGAAGAGCUCGUGGAAGAGGUGGUGAUCAGCAGAGUGGUUAUGGGAAAGUAUCCAGGCGAGGUGGUCAUCAAAAUAGCUACAAACCAUACUAAAUUAUUCCAUUUGCAACUUAUCCCAACAGGUGGUGAAGCAGUAUUUUCCAAUUUGAAGAUUCAUUUGAAGGUGGCUCCUGCCACCUGCUAAUAGCAGUUCAAACUAAAUUUUUUCUAUCAAGUUCCCGAAUGGAAGUAUGACGUUGGGUCCCUCUGAAGUUUAAUUCUGAGUUCUCAUUAAAAGAAAUUUGCUUUCAUUGUUUUAUUUCUUAA